AUGGUUCAAGAAGAGGGGUCCUUCAAUCUUGAUAAGCUUGUAACUUUUGAAGCCAGUUGGGACCCCUUUGAUGAAAGCGACAAGUAUAGAGGCGCACUAAACGUGGCAAAUUAUAUGAGGAGUAUUGCAGAGCCCACCUUGACUGGUCAUUUCGGAGGCACUAUAAUUGGAAAUUUAUUUGGAAGGUAUUGCCAAUACAGUGCAGCCAUGGUAUUUGUGAAAGUUCUUCACAUGAAUGGAGGAAGUGGCAAAACCAGCUAUGCCAAGAAAAAAAUGAUAUUGGAGGCGAGGCCAUUUCUUGAGGACUCCAUCAAAGAUGCUUUCAGCUCGGGUAUUCCCAGUUGUGUUAAACUAUCAGACUUGGGUUGCUCUUCAGGACCCAACGCUCUUUCAGCCAUUUCCGAAAUUAUACACACCAUCCAUGGAAUGUCAAAAAGAAUGGAUUGCAAGUUGCGGGAGUUCCUAGUGUCUCUGAAUGAUCUUCCGGGAAAUGACUUUAACAACAUUUUCAGUCCGCUGCCGGAUUUCUAUAAGAAGCUGAAAAAAGAGGAGGACGACACACUGGGGCAUUGUUUCAUAACGGAAGUGCCAGGUUCUUUCCACGGCAGGAUCUUUCCGAGCAGGAGCCUAGAUUUUCUUCACUCAUCUUGUAAAGCUCACUGGCUGUCUCAGGCUCCAGCUGGGCUAGAAAAGAACAAGGGACAUAUAUACAUUGCCAAUGGAAGCCCUCCCACCGUCAUCCAAGCAUACACAAACCAAUUUCAGAGGGAUUUCUCAUUAUUUUUAGGCUUACGCUCUGAGGAAAUCAAGCCUGGAGGGUGUUCCUCUGAGGGUGAAGUAAGGACCAUGGUUCAAGAAGAGGGGUCCUUCAAUCUUGAUAAGCUUGAAACUUUCGAAGCCAGUUGGGAUCCCUUUGAUGAAAGCUACAAGUAUAGAGGAGCACAAAACGUGGCAAAUUGCAUAAGGAUUGUUACAAAUACAGAGCCCACGUUGGCUACUCAUUUUGGAGGCACUAUAAUUUGA